AUGUCGAGAGCCGAUGAAGGAAGGAUUAUUCAUUUGGCGAAACAAAGAGAACGAGAAAAGGAAGAUAUUGAGAAACAAAUUAAGAAAAUCGAAGAAGACAAAGAGAAAUGCAAAGCUGGAAUAUCAAAUAAGUUCACUGCAAAUUUUGACGCGGUUGAGGAAUCACUUAAAUCAAAAACCUAUGGAUUGGUUACCUUGGAUGACAUGAAAAACAUACAAAAAAACGCCUUAUCGAAUAGAGACUUGAUGGUAGCACGGGGCGAAGAUUCUUCGAGCAUAGGUUUCAAAAAGAGUGAUACAGCCAAAGAAGAUAAAGUGGAAAAUGUGCAGAAAAGGGUUCUUUCAUUUGCCUUUGAUGAUGAAGAAGAACAAGAUGAAGAUCUGCCAGUGAUACCGAAAAAGAGAGUAGGAAUGGACCCAACAGUCGAUACAAGUUUUCUUCCUGACAAAGAAAGGGAAGAGGAAAUCAGAAGGAAGAAAGAAGAACUUGCCGCUGAGUGGAGAAUACGACAAGAAGCUGAAAAGAAUGAGGAUAUUGUUGUUGCAUGUGCCUACUGGGACGGAUCGUCUCAUCGAAAAAAUUUGAAGAUGAAAAAGGGCAAUACAAUAUCACAAUGUCUAGCUGCUGCAAUUGAAGGACUAAAGAAAGAGUUCACCGAAUUGAAAACAUGUACACCAGAAAACCUGAUGUUUGUUAAAGAAGAUUUAAUUAUUCCUCAUUUUUAUACAUUCCAAGAUUUUAUAGUGACCAAAGCCAUGGGUAAAACCGGACCACUGUUCAUCUUUGAUGCUGCUUCUGAUGUUCGAAUUCGCCAGGAUGCUGCCCUGGAUAUCGGCGAAUCGCAUCCAGCAAAAAUUGUUCUACGCAGUUGGUACGAGAAGAAUAAACACAUUUAUCCAGCGUCUCGAUGGGAGCCUUUUGUUCCUAGCAAAAAAUACGGAAGGACUGCAGACGAUCUCAGUGAUUUAUGA